AUGGAUGUCCUUAUAGACUUCCUGAGCGAAUUCAAUCGUUAGUUUCGCUUUCAAAACACAGAUGAUAAUCUAGAACAUUGCUUUAAGAUACCUUUUUUCCGUGCAAUAUGUGCGACAAGAUCAUUCACUCCUCCCAGAAGUUACUCGAGCAUUUGGAAGAGUGUGAAAUGACGAAGGAAAUGCCGCAUAGCUGUGUAAGGAUGCCAGUUUUAGGCGACCACAAACCAAUGUUUUUGCAGAAAAGAGUCAUGAUUCAUGAAGCCAAGUGGAAAGAGAGCUACAACACUUACCGCAACUUCCAUUUGUUGAUCAAACGAGGAGGAAGGCCAUUUCCAGACGGGGAAUGUUUCGGAUGCGACAGUUUAGCUGACCACAAAGCCGGAAAGUGCAAACGAGUCGCUAGAGUUGCAGCCUAUGAAGUUAGAUUUUACCUUCAUUUAGACCUGCCGGUGUAAAGAAGAAACUUUAAUUUAAACAGAAAUUAAUUACAGAUGGUCACCCGCGAGCCGCUCCAAGAGAUGUCCGCCAACUUCGAACAGUACCUCUUCGAAAAAGUCGACUUCAACCUCGAAGACACUCGGAAUGAGUUCAGAUGCAAAAUAACGAACUUGGAGAAUCAGAUAGAACAACUGCAAAAGGAUUUCGUGUUCGUUACCUGCAAAUAUCCGCAGACGCCUCUCGACAAUGCAAGAUUCAUUCGAAAAAAGAUGGAAGCCCUUCAAGAGCAGCUGCGGGAGAUGUCCGAUCAAAUGGCGACAAAAGUUCGAGAGCACAAGCAGAAGUUGAUGAUCACUCGAAGACGAGAAUGGCACUCUUUUACGAAUACAAUCAGCAACGUGCGGGAAUCUGAUAUGAACGCGCACCGAACGUUCGACACCAGGUUUCAACGGGAAUUGGACAUUGCCAGACUCGACAACCCGCAUGCGACCCUGCCAGACGCCGGCCCGGACUACCUCCGCUUAUUGGAUGCGCAUAUUUGUACCGAACGUCGAAUGAUGGAACGAAUGCGUCCAAUGGAUCCUGACUUCCGAGAGCGGCUUGCUGAGCGGUACAACCAGAAUUUGUCCCACGACGAGUACGCCUACAUGCGUUUGGAAAUCGAGCAGAACAACCGCCCGCGUGUUCUUCAAAUGCGUAGCAGUCUGGAGGAUCGACUGUUGUUCCUCCGUCACUUCGAACAACUUCGACCUGAUCCGGAGCUCGUGGGUGAUCCGCAACGUGUUGCAUACCGGUACAACACUGCUGUCGGGUGGUAUCACAUGAUGGUUGAAGAAAGGAAUGAGAUCCGCGUGAAAUGGCACAAGGAGAUCGUGAAAGCUGUGUACGCUCGAAACAUGCUCAACAUGUGUCAUGGAAUUCUGGAAUACCGCAAAUCUCGUCCGUACAUUGCCAAGAUUGCAGGCUGGGCGCUUGUCGUCAGCUGGACCAUCAAGUUGCUUAUGCAAUAUCGAUUCCCCGGAAGAGUCCUUUCUCCCGUCUGCAUGGAGUCAACGAUUAAUCCGAGCUUCACCAACAUGCAGAUCUUCGACGAGCAUGUUGUGAACAACUUGGAAAUCCAAAAGCGAACGAGUAAUGAUGAGUAUGUGGAGAUGGAAAGUGCGUACGAACUGCUCAAGGCUCAACUGGAAGAAGAGGGAAAAGACAGCGAAAAUCACAGAGAACUUCUCCGCUGUGCUCGACAGCACCUCCAAAUGGUGGGCGCUUACUUCUCCGAUGAUACCAAAAACUUUCGAGUUGCCGAGAGGUUCUUCCGUGUCGUUCGAGGUUCAAUGCGUCAGGCUAUGGGUCAUAUGUACUUUGAAGAUGCCCUCUUCACCAUGAACACAUUCGAUUCCGACCACCCACCACCGGUACUUCCCGUUGAACUACGACCUGGAGGACAACAACAGAGACAACAUCCGGCACAGAACGUUGUUCCGCCGGUUCGACGAUAG